UUCCAGUUUGCCUAUGCGGGUCAAAUCAGAAUCAUCUCAGAAAAGUGUGCACACGACACUUGACGGGACAAAAUCACCUCUGGAAAUUUCACAUGCAUCUCAAAAUACUGAUACACGAGAAGAGUCACGAUCUAUGCAAGUUCCAUAUAACCUUGUGUGUUGUAAUGAAACAAGUCAGAAUGCACUGCAGAAUGGGAAUGCUUCUCAGGAGGAGCCCAUAGACAGUGAUAGUGUCAAAGGUAUCUUUGGCUGGGAGACAGUGGACGACACCAAUAUUCCAUGCAUUUUGAGGCAACAGAAAAAGUUUGUCUCAGUUCGCAUUGUAGAGCGUAAAUUGCUGAGUAAGUACCCAAACACAUUUCCAGAUGAACUGGGUAAAAAAGAUCCUCUUGUCAGUUACUUCAUCACAGAAUCUGAGGCCAACUUAUUGAAUGAGAUAAACACAACACACUGUGAUUUCGAAUAUGGACACAAUCCCUUUACUGUUAAAGACUUAAUCGUUGACCUCGAGGAGUUUGUGGAGUUCUUUAACAUAGUAAAAAAAACAUUUCCGGAAGACUUUCUCUCUAAAAUAGGCGGAGAACCAGCAGCUCCCGGUGUGUCUGCACCAGUAAAAACUGACCUGUCCCAGUUUUGUGGCUGGAUUCAAAUAAACAAUACUGUUUCACCAUACAUCGUGAGAAUUGACAAUGGGAGACAAGUCAAGUUAGUGCCGCUGUCAGUUAUUAUGUAUGCUGCUGGGCUGUUGACCAAUUCUAAUAUACAUGGCUUGCUACCCACACCUCAAGAAUGUGCAAUGCUUAAUGAAACUUGCAAAGUUGCAGGAUUUGAUUUUAUGUUUGGCAAAAGCACCCGUCUCAUAUCUGUUUCUGAAGUUCUUCACAGAUGCCAGGUUCAGAUUUUUGAGCUGCCAUUUAAAAAUCCACUUCAGCAUGCACGUUAUCUGGACCCUUGUACUGGACAGUAUUCAUCAAUCCCACUUAUGGGAUUGAUGCCAGCCCCUCUCAGCACUACAGAAUCUGUCCAGCAACAACCUUCACCAUUAUCGAAACCUCUACAGAGUGUCUUGGAUCACAUAUCAGUUAAUACAGGAGAUUUGAACCCAUACAUUUCCGGCUUGGCUCAUCCAGCUUUUCAUCCUUCACAGAUGACUAUGUCAGGUGGUCUCAGUGGUAUUUCGAGUGGGAUAACAGGUCUUUGGGAACCUCCUUCUCCAACAAGAAUGCGCCUUCAAGGACCUUAUGCUGGAUUAAACAUGGAUGCUUUUCGAUUUCAGAAUCCUCAUAGACAGGCAGUAGCAGAGAAAAGCUUAGAUGGCUCAGUAAAGCAGGGUUUUCCUGGAUCAUUAUGGAUUAGGGCACCACCCCCAGCACACAUUAACAGUGUUCUUAAUUCCAUGAUGUCAAAAACUCCACCAGUAACUCCAGACCCUCCACAUUCAUCAGCAUUUCAGUCUCAUAGUCUUCCAUCCAAUCCUAUGCUUUACUGCAAAAACACUUCUGCUCAACUGAAUAUGACCCAUUCGCAUUUCCGAUCUCCAAUUUAUUCACCACACAGACCUCCUGUCUCACAAGUGGCCAGUAAAGAUCUUCCUGCAUCUGCAGUAAAGUACCCCUCUCCCCUGAACAGGCUUCCACUAACUCCGUCACAGUAUUUGAAUUCUCUAUCAUUUCCAUUUGGAGUCAAUCAGUUUGACAGUUCUUACGCUGCAAGAAAUGAGUCAAGCAUUCAGAAAACUAUUGCAGAUGCAUAUCAAAUGUCAGCAAAAACCACUACUCAUCUGCCUGCUAGUGGAGAGUCUUUAACACAUUUCAGAGGUUGUUCAUCUGAUAACAAGCAUCCAGAGACUUCACACUUAGAACCAGAGGCGAAUUUUCUCCAGCAGAAUAUUUCAGCAGAUAAUCCCACUGCUGCUUCUGGCAACACUUGCUCAGUAACUGACUUGUCACAAAAUAUAUCUGCUUGUCUGAUCAAUGGCAAGAGUAUUUCUUGCAUCAAUGUAAAUUUACCACAUCGAAAAGGAAGUUUCUGCCUUGUUGAAGCUGUGUCCAAGUUGUACUUUCCCUCAGUUCCCUUAACAGAAUUUGUGAAGGUUCUACAAGUGGUUCUUAAAGUCAGCUUGCAUGAAUGUACCUCACAGGAAGAGGCAGCCUUUGUUCAGUACUAUAAUCUUCCUGUUAAAAAACUGAAAUGUAAUAAAAUAAUCAGAGUAGAUGAUUUGGAAGCAUACUUUCCCCAGCUGAAUUACAUGUUCAGUAAAAGGUCUUCUGAUGCAGCAGCAGAUCAACCAUCAUUGAACCAGCAGUCUCCAGCAUGUGUAGGUGCUCAGAAACGUAGAAAGAGCUCGCCAACCCCGGGACCAGCAAGUAAAGUAGCACUACCCAAGCUAGAAAGUGUAGUGCGUAAGUUGCAUCAGGAAAAGAAUACAGCACCAAAUGAAGAAACGCAGGAGAACUCAGAUAAAAACAGUGUAAUAAUCAUUGAUGAUGAGUGA